GACUUCGCUCUCAUCGACUACGGCCAUUCCUGGACGUUGACACUCCUUUUCCCUUCCCGAGCUCAUGUCUCCGCCUUCGCUCGCACAAGCGCGCCUAGCAGCGCUCAGCGCAAUCGCAAUUAUUUUUCCAGGGAAGAUCAUCCAAUCCACCGACCACGCUGUCACCUACUCCCCAACUUCGUCAUGGGAUAUACUGAGCACGCAAGGUUCGACCGGUUGCGGUUCUCAGUUCCUAUUGGGACCAAGAGAUAAUGGAACUGUCAACUUCGUCUUUCCACAGCCAUCCACAACCUUCCAGUGGUGGGGCUAUCAACGAUCCGAUGGCGGACUAGCCCAGCUAUGUAUCGACGACUCCUGCCAACAAGUGUCUUACUACAACGCAAGUACAGAUGGGACAGAGUCGCCCCGGCUCCUCAGCUCCAUCACAGGACUUAGCAACACCGUACACACCCUGACGAUCACGAAUCUGCAAGACCCGGCUGUGACGAACUUUGGGCAGCUUACCGUGGAUCAUUUCGUCGUUGAUGGGCCGCCAAACAUAUCUGCGCGUGUGCGCGCUAGCGCCCCGACGUUUGCGGCGGAUACGGAGAUCACUACUCUGCCUCUGAACUUCUCGUACCAUGUACCCCUCGUGUUGGGAGGGCAUCAGCCACCGGUAAACGUGCUGCUCGACGCGGGUGCAACGAAUGCAUGGGUCGUCAGUACUUUCUGUACGGAGACGUCCUGCCUUGGGCAUAACGAGUACGUCCCCUCCGCGAAGUUCGUGAACCUCAACAGGACGGACACGCUAGCCUACGGAGAUGGUGGACCAGACGCAACAUUCGUCACCCUGAGAGUGAACGAUAGCCUUUCGUUUGGUUCACUCUCUAUCCCCCAAACGACUUUUGGCGCGGCGGCUCAGAUCCCCUCUGGGCAAGACUUAGACGGCAAUUUCGGUAUCGCCAAGGCCUAUUAUUCACAAUGUGGCAGCACGGGAACUUACCCGAAUUUCAUCGAGAACAUGUACCUCCAAGGCAUCAUCAAGAACCCUGUGAUUGCCUUCUACCAGUUGGACGGCACAGAGGGCGUACCACAAGGGGUGAUAUCACAGGGCACCCUCGGCGGAUUGGAUGCGAACAAGUUCACAGGAGCAGUCGACUGGAUCCCGAUAGGUGCACAGUCCAUGUGGACGAACCCUGCGUCCACGAGAUUCGUCCAGGCCUCCUCUUCCUCUUCUGUGAUCAACGCAACGGCCCAGUUUUCCCAUCCUGCCAUCACGUUUGACACAGGCGACCCUAACCUCCUCGGGCUCCCACACGACGACUGGCUCGUGCUCAUGAACCUUCUCGGAGCGCAAGGACCGGACAGCGCAGGCAACUACCUCAUACCUUGCGGUUCUCAGAUGACAUGGAACUUUGCUGGUACUGAAGGACGGAACUACACAUUCAGCCUUAUACAGGACGGGACGAACGACGGUACUGGCUUUUGUCAACCGGCGGCAAAUGAUGCAGGGGAUACAACGAACUGGAUCACCGGUGUGCCCUUUUUGGAUCAGUACUACAUCGCUUUCCACUACGAGGCAAACACCAUGGGCUUUGCAACCCGGAAUCUGGGAGCGAGCGCUGCGAGUAGUGCGCCGUUUAUUGGAUGA